GUCAUGGCGAUACAGCUUUCCGGAUCUCCGAAGAGUAUAUAAAUAUGGUGCAACGUCCCAAGGCAAUUUAUCCAAGGUUUAAAUACGAAGAUAGCUUCCAUAAAGCAGUUCUCUUCCGUGGAUCAUGAUGCUUUGCUCGUCGCUCCUCCUCCUAGCGCUGGUCGCCGUAGCAACGGCUCAGUCUGACAUCCCCAUCUCACAGCCCCUUCGUGAAAUUCUUUCCAAAGCCGGGACUGGGCGGUACACCUACCCUACGGCCCUGACGCAGGGAAUCAUUCCAAAGGCUCUGCAUUCGCACAAUGACUACUGGCGCCCCGUCCCCUUCUAUUCCGCCCUCUCGGUGGGUGCCGUGAGCGUCGAAGCCGACGUAUGGCUAGUCAACGGAACCCUGCUCGUCGGCCACGAACGGAGUGCUCUCACCGCCAGUCGCACGUUUGACAGCUUAUAUAUUCAGCCAAUCCUCAGCGUCCUCCGCGCCGAGAACCCGAACAGCAGCUACGUGUCAGGGCCGACCAAGAACGGCGUCUUCGACACCUCUAGUGGCCAGACACUUUACCUUUGGGUCGACGUCAAGACUGAUGGCGCCAGCACCUUUCCCUUCGUGGUCCGCGCCCUCCAGCCGCUCCGCGCAGCUGGUUAUCUCACCACCUUCGAUGGGACCGACGUGACGCCGGGCCCGGUCACCGUGAUCGGCACGGGCAACACGCCACUCAGCCAAGUACAGGGCGUCUCGAAGCGGGACUACUUCUGGGAUGGCCCACUGGCAACGCUAGAGACCACGUUCGCCAACAUCACCAAGGAGGUGAGCCCCAUCGCGAGCACCGACUUCGCCGUCGUGUUCGGCGACAUCCGCAACCAGACAUUCGACGACGAGCAGCUCCAGACGCUACGGAGUCAGGUCGCUACCGCGCACGGCAGGGGAAUCGGUGUCCGGUACUGGGACCAGCCCGGGUGGCCUGUCGGGACUAGAAAUGCCGUGUGGAGGACGCUAUGGGACAACGGCGUUGAUCUGCUGAAUGUGGAUGAUCUGGAGGGGGCGGCGAAUUUCUGGGAGAGUAGUGGCUGACUGUGAAAAGCGUGGCUUGGGGCGGCUGCAAAGAGAAGCCUAUUGAGAGGCUGUCAUGAAGCACCUGCAUUCCUUCGGUAGCGUCGGCUUCACUUAGGUGGAGAUAGUACUAGACUUAAAUAAAUACGAAUAUCAUACAA